AUGGCAUCGGCCUCUCGCAGCUUCUCUCGCGCCCUGCGCACCGCGGCGCCUUCCUUCCGCACCACCGCCACCCGCUCCCCUGCCCGCUUUGUCGCUCCCGCACAGAAUGCCUUCCGCAGCCAGCGCCGCGGAUAUGCCUCGCAGGAAGACGGCCCUGACAAGCACGAGGGAAACCCCACGGGCCUAGCCUGGGGUGCCGGCGCUCUGCUUCUCGGUGCUGGUGUCUACAGCCUCUACACGUACAAGCCCGAGUUGUUCGGCCAGGCCAGCACCAAGGUCUUCACCCCCCGAUUUGAGGACUACCAGAAGGUCUACGACGAGAUUGCCAAGCGGCUGCAGGAGUUCGACGAGUACGACGACGGCAGCUACGGCCCUGUGCUGCUGCGUUUGGCAUGGCACGCUUCGGGAACCUACGACAAGCAGACUGGCACUGGUGGCUCCAACGGCGCCACCAUGCGCUUUGCCCCCGAGAGUGACCACGGUGCCAAUGCUGGUCUCAAGGCUGCCCGUGACUUCCUCGAGCCCGUCAAGCAGGCUUUCCCAUGGAUCACCUACUCCGACCUGUGGAUCCUCGGCGGUGUCUGCGCCAUCCAAGAGAUGCAGGGCCCCAAGAUUCCUUACCGCGCUGGCCGCAACGACCGUGACGUCUCCUUCUGCACGCCCGACGGCCGCUUGCCCGAUGCCAGCAAGGAUGGCAGCCACAUCCGUGCCAUCUUUGGUCGUAUGGGCUUCGAUGAUCGUGCCAUGGUUGCUCUGUCUGGUGCCCACGCCCUCGGCCGCUGCCACACUGACCGCUCGGGCUACGACGGUCCCUGGACCUUCUCCCCAACUACCCUGACCAACGACUACUACAAGCUCCUCCUAGAGGAGAAGUGGCAGUACAAGAAGUGGAACGGCCCCAAGCAGUUUGAGGAUGUCAAGACCAAGAGCCUCAUGAUGCUGCCCACAGACAUGGAGCUUGUCAAGGACAAGGGCUUCAGGCAAUACACCAACUUGUAUGCCAAGGACAACGAUGCUUUCUUCAAGGACUUUGCCGACGCAGUUUGCACACUGUUCGAGCUUGGUGUGCCAUUCCAGCACCCAGAGGACCAGCGAUGGGUCUUCAAGAGCUCUUUUGACUGA